CGUUGCAUCUACGUGCGCGCUCCCCGCCUGGCUGAACCGCCGGUGAAUGAUUUCUCCCAGCAGCUCCCGCGGCGGCCGCCUCCUCCUGCGCUCCCCGGACUGAACAUGGCGUUCACGUUCGCGGCCUUCUGUUAUAUGCUGGCCCUGCUGCUCACCGCGGCGCUCAUAUUCUUCGCUAUAUGGCACAUCAUCGCAUUUGAUGAACUGAAGACAGACUACAAGAAUCCUAUAGACCAAUGCAACACGCUGAACCCUCUUGUGCUUCCCGAGUAUCUCAUCCAUGCGUUCUUCUGUGUCAUGUUUCUGUGUGCAGCAGAGUGGUUAACGCUCAGUUUAAACAUGCCCCUGUUGGCGUACCACAUUUGGAGGUACAUGAGCAGGCCGGUCAUGAGCUGCCCCGGGCUUUAUGACCCCACAACCAUUAUGAAUGCAGACAUCCUAGCAUAUUGUCAGAAGGAGGGAUGGUGUAAACUAGCUUUUUACCUGCUUUCAUUUUUCUACUAUCUUUAUGGCAUGAUCUACGUUUUGGUGAGCUCCUAAGAAACAUAGAAGACGCUGGUUGAAUUUAAUUGCAUGCAAAGCUGUAAACACUAUAGGCGUUUGAUCCGACGAGAUCCUACUACAGCGGCCAAUGGGUUCCCUAGUCUGCGUAUAUACUUGAUGGGGGGAAACAAGGCUUCCAACUUUUUAAGGGCCGUCACAUUUUGUGUCGGUGGGAAGAUGAUUUUCAUGUUUUACAAAGACUGGGAAAUUGUGUAUAUAUAUCUUUCUUUCUGUUUCCUCUAAACUUGCUAUUUUUUUGCCAUGAUAUUUCUGCUUGUGUGAAAUGUCCUGCACUGACGUUAUUGACUUGGCCUCAAUGGCUGAAGGAAUUGGUUUCACGUCCAGUGCUCAGUGUGUGAUUCUUUGAGUCAAGUUUUGCCCCUUUUUGUAUGAACCUGUAGGAUCCCUUUAGCAAAUACAUUUUUUUUAAAUUUAAA